CACUGUCUCCCUCUCUCUCUCCUCGUGCGCGCCAUUUUGGAGACGCGAGCGGCGCGGCGAGGCGAGCCGAUUCGGCAGCAGCGGAGACCGGGGACCGAGAGCCGGGCGGGUGGGGCCACACGGGCCGCCGACGAGUGAGAACCCUGCUGGGUCUAGGACUGGUUCUGUCUCCUUAUGGCCUCGGAGCAGGAUGGCGUUGGAGCCUCCGCCUGCCUCAAGUUGGCCAAACCUCUUCACCUGCAGCACCUGGAGCGCUCACUGCGCCUCGACACCUUCCUUCGCCACUCGUCCAACAUCUUCAACCAAAACAUAUCCAGUGAUGACAGUGAUGAUGGUCUGGGUGAAGGUCCGUCUCUGGCCCCUUCGAACCCUCAUGCUCCAGUGUUGGUGGUGAAGGAGGAUGUGUCUGACUCUGAGGAUGGCAUGAGGAGCUCAGCUGCAGGAGGAAGAGGAGGAGCGGAGUGUGGUACACUGAAUGGAGCUCUGCUUCAGGAGCACAAAGUGGACAAGUCCAGUCUGUACAACUUCUCCAAGCUGAGGAAGAACAGGAAAUGGCUGAAGGGUGUGUUGCUAAGCGACGACACUACGGAUUCAGACACGGAUUCGGACGAUUCAGAUUUCUCCCUGACCCGGGAGGAGCUCCACGACAUGCUGAGGCUGCACAAGUUCACCCGCAUGCACCAGGGCAGGUUCCGGGCCGAGCGCGAGCUUCAGCAGUACCGGUACUAUAGCGCCAGCCUCCUCUCCACCCAGGACUUGUUCUAUGAGCAGCAGCGCCACACACUGGGGCCCAAAAAGAAGAAGAUUAAAGAGGAGAAGAAGUUUAAAGCCAAGUUAAAGAAGAUGAAAAAGAAGAAGAAACGAGGCGAGGACUACUCCAGCGACGGACGGCCUUACGUCAACAAAAUCUUCGCCAAAUUCUCCCAUGAUGCACCUCUGCCCAUCACCAAGAAGAAACAUCUAACCAUCGAGCAGCUGAACGCACGCAGGAGAAAAGUCUGGCUGACGAUUGCCAAAAAGGAAAACCCCAAAGCUUUUAAGCAGAAAGCCUCUGCCAAGAACUUCAUGUUAACAAAUGCCAAGAAGUUGGCCCACCAGUGUAUGCGUGAGGUGCGUCGAGCAGCGAUCCAGGUGCAGAAGAACUGUAAGGAGACGCUGCCUCGAGCUCGACGCCUCACCAAGGAGAUGCUGCUGUACUGGAAGAAGUACGAGAAGGUGGAGAAGGAGCAUCGCAAACGCGCCGAGAAAGAGGCUCUAGAACAGCGCAAACUGGACGAGGAGAUGAGAGAGGCAAAGCGGCAGCAGAGGAAGCUGAACUUCCUGAUUACGCAGACGGAGCUCUACGCUCACUUCAUGGGUGGGAAGCAUAAAGGUGUGGAGGGAGACGGCACUCAGGACGAGAUCCUCAGGAAGUUGGACGAGAGCGCGGCCGAGAGGCAGAUCAACAUCGGCGGGGGGGUUAUGGUCAACCUGGGCCACGAGGACUACGACAGUGAAUACUACAAAUCUCAGGCCCUCAGAAACGCCAAAGAAGCCUACCAGAUCCACCAAACCAGAACGAGACAGUUUGAUGAGGAAUCGAAGGACAGUCGCAGUGCUUCUCUACACGUGGCAGGUGUGUGUGGCUCGGGCUCAGGCUCGGGGUUCGGUGAGAGCUACAGCCUGUCCAACCCCUCCAUCCAAGCGGGAGAGGACAUCCCUCAACCCACCAUCUUCAACGGCAAGCUCAAAGCCUACCAGCUCAAGGGCAUGAACUGGCUCGCCAACCUUUACGAGCAGGGCAUCAAUGGAAUCCUGGCUGACGAGAUGGGUCUGGGUAAGACGGUCCAGAGCAUCGCCCUGCUGGCCCACCUGGCUGAGAGAGACAACAUCUGGGGUCCCUUCUUGAUCAUCUCUCCAGCCUCCACACUCAACAACUGGCACCAGGAGUUCACCCGCUUCGUGCCCAAAUUCAAGGUCCUGCCCUACUGGGGGAACCCUCACGACCGUAAAGUCAUCAGGAAGUUUUGGAGCCAGAAAACGCUGUACACGCAGAACGCACCCUUCCAUGUCGUGAUUACCAGUUACCAGCUAGUGGUGCAGGACGUCAAGUAUUUUCAGCGGGUCAAGUGGCAGUACAUGGUCCUGGAUGAAGCGCAGGCUCUGAAGAGCAGCACCAGCGUGCGCUGGAAGAUCCUGCUUCAGUUCCAGUGCCGAAACCGACUGCUGCUCACUGGGACCCCCAUUCAGAACACCAUGGCCGAGUUGUGGGCUCUCCUGCACUUCAUCAUGCCGACGCUGUUCGACUCCCACGAGGAGUUCAACGAGUGGUUCUCCAAAGACAUCGAGAGCCACGCCGAGAACAAAUCCGCCAUCGAUGAGAACCAGCUCUCCAGACUGCAUAUGAUUUUGAAGCCCUUCAUGCUGCGCCGGAUAAAGAAGGAUGUAGAGAACGAACUCUCGGAUAAGAUCGAGAUCCUGACGUCGUGCCAUCUGACCAGCAGGCAGAGGCUUCUGUACCAGGCUCUGAAGAACAAGAUCUCCAUCGAGGACCUGCUGCAGUCGUCCAUGGGCACGGCUCAGCAGUCUCACAGCACCACCAGCAGCCUCAUGAACCUCGUCAUGCAGUUCCGCAAGGUGUGUAAUCACCCGGACCUGUUUGAGAGACAGGAGACACGUUCCCCGUUCCACAUGUCCCUAAAACCUUACGUCAUGUCCAAGUUCUUGUUUCGUCACGGCCUCCUUCAUACCUGCAGCCCAGAAAAGAGCAGAUUGCUGCAGGCUUUGUUCUCACCGUUCUCCCCUCACCACAUCCACCAAUCCCUAUUUCACACCACAGGUGAUGAAGGCAGCUGCUUCUCGUUUCUGCGUUUUAUUGACGUCUCUCCUGCGGAGAUGUCCAACGCCAUGCUGCAGGGAACCCUGGCCAGAUGGCUUGCACUUUACCUCUCCUUUAAAGCUGCUCACCGGCUGCAUCACCACCGGCUAUGGCGUGAGGAGGAUGAGGAUGAGGAUGAGGAUGGUGAUGGCUGUAGGAGGAAGGCAGAGGGGAGAAGUGGGGUCUCCAGAUCGUGUUAUCUGUCUAACAGAGAUUUCAUCCUGUGGCCGGACAGAACCACGUCGUUCCCUAAUGCACGCAGCAGCACUGUUCUACAGGAUCUGGUUUUCACUUCUCUCCGGCCGUGGGUCUUCACACACACAGAUGUUGUGAUACGCAGCAGAUGCUCCAACACCUCCAGUCUCAGACCCUGCCAGCCCACCCAGCUACCCAAGUUCCUCCUUACGGCUACACCCAGGGUGACAGCCCUUCCAGUCGAGCGUUACUGUGCGGACCGCAGUGCUGAGUACGAGUGGAGGCGUGUCCGUGACGGCGGAAGUUUGACCACCAAGCGGUGCUUCCUAUUCGGGUCACCUGACCUGGCGCACACCUGGGCCUCGCGAGCUCAGUACUUCCACCCUGAGAGCCCGGGCGGGGUGAUGUCCCUGCAGCCCAGACACGGCUGGUCUUUUAUCAGGAUACCGGAUAAGGAGAGUCUGAUCACAGACAGUGGAAAACUCCACACUCUGGACCUGCUGCUGACUCAGCUAAAGUCUCAGAACCAUCGCGUCCUCAUCUACUCUCAGAUGACCCGCAUGAUCGACCUGCUGGAGGAGUACAUGGUGUACAGGAAACACACAUACAUGCGACUGGACGGUUCGUCUAAGAUCUCAGAGCGUCGUGACAUGGUGGCUGACUUCCAGAGCCGGACGGAUAUUUUCGUGUUUCUUCUCAGCACUAGAGCCGGGGGUCUGGGGAUCAAUCUGACCGCUGCAGACACGGUGAUUUUCUAUGACAGUGACUGGAACCCCACGGUGGACCAGCAGGCGAUGGACCGAGCUCACAGACUGGGCCAGACCAAACAGGUCACAGUGUACCGCCUCAUAUGUAAAGGAACGAUAGAGGAGAGAAUCCUACAGCGGGCCAAGGAGAAGAGCGAGAUUCAGAGGAUGGUGAUCUCCGGGGGGAACUUCAAACCCGACACUCUGAAACCCAAAGAAGUGGUGAGUCUGCUGCUGGAUGACGAGGAGCUGGAGAAAAAAUUGCGUUUAAGGCAGGAGGAGAAGAGGCAGCAGGAGGAGAGCAGUAAGGUGAAGGACCGUAAAAGGAAGAGAGAAAAAUACGCUGAGAAGAGGAAAAAGGAGGAGGACGCCGAAACGACGAAGAAAAAGAAAGACGGCGUGAACUUGGUGAUCCCGUACACCCCCUCGGCGGACAACUCCAACCUGUCGGCAGACGGCGAGGACUCGUUCAUCAGCGUGGACAUGGAGUCGGCCAUUCCCAGCCCCUUCAGCGAGAUCUCUCUGAGCAGUGAGCUGCAGCCGGGGUCUCUGCCAGCCGAUGAGAGCAGCAGCGACAUGCUCGUGAUUGUGGACGAACCGCUGCCCACCAACUCACCUGCCUCGGGCACCGGCUCGGUCUCAGACAACAUGAAUGGCGUCUCGUCUCUAGACGUGUCGAGUCCAGGCAGAGGAAGAGCCGCUCGUAGCCGGGGGCGACCCAAAGGCUCGGGGACUGGAGGGAAGUGUGUGAGCAGGAAGGGGCGAGGGAGGAAGUCGACAGCCGGCAGUGCAGCAGCGAUGGCUGGAGCGAUGGCCGGAGCAGCAGCUGCCUCUGCUGCAGCAUACGCAGCGUACGGAUACAGCGUGUCUAAAGGUAUCACUGCUGCUGCUGCUUCUGGCUCCUUGCAGCCGGCGAUGGCUCGCUCUCCAGCCUCGGUGGCGCUCGUCCCUGUGGGCACGUCGUCCCCUGGGGGUAAGGGCUCGUCUCUGGGCUCAGGCGCUCAGCUUCUUCCACACGGCAGCUCACACCUCCUUCACCCCCAGUCCAAGAGGGGCAAAGCUCCGAGCAGCCACGGCCAUGGUGGAGGAGGACGAUAGCAGGAUUUUAGUUUGGGAAUGUGAGAUAUUCCAUGGUAUGAGGGAACGGAAAAUCAUUUCACCGGGUCUGUAGUCACUGUGAAGUAGAAAAUCCGAGUUAGGAUCAGUAUGAACGAGAAUUUCACGCAUCUCUCCUGUAGUUUUGCACUUCUCCAUCACCCAUUACUCAUAUUUUUUUAAUAAAAUUCUUUUUUUUUUCUUC